UGUACACUUUACCCACAGGUAAUAACGUAAACUGCAGACAGAUUCUGGCAUCUUAUCGAAGUAUGAAUAGGCACCACCCUGUAUCCCAGCGUCAGUUUCACUAGUUAGGAAUUUUCUUGGGAUCUGCCAGAGCUCAAGUGCAAGGAUCAAGGGAUGGCUAAUGUGACCGAAGCUGUGGUUCUGAAGUUUCUGCUGGAUAGAGGCGGAAAGGUCAAACAUUCUGAACUCUUAGAUGAGUUCAGACCCGUGGCUGAUCCUGAAAGUACAAGUUUUAAAAAACAUGUGAACAGUGUUGCAGACUUGAAGGACGAAGAUGGGAUUAUCUACGCAGUGCUGAAGAAAUGGAAUCAGCGUUUGACCGAAAAAGUUCCCGAAUAUCAGGAAAACAGUGGGGAGAACCUUUCUGGCUUGGAAACGCAGACUGUAACUACGGCUGAAUCAGGCACUGGUGGAGAACUCCAUGAAAAAGUGCAUGACGACCUGGAGCAAGCAGAAACUAAUGCUGAAGUUAGCAAGUUAGAACAUGGUACAGGAGAUAGUUUGCCUCACACUCAGGGGCGGCUGUUUCCUGACAAAUUGCUUAUCUCUGAAGAGAACAUGCAGGCAGGAGAACUGUCCCUGGAUGGAAACCAGUCACUUCCAACUGUACUUGUCGAAGAGUGUUCCCCUACCUCGGAAGUGCAUACUUUAACGGAACAAGACAAGAAAUGUGCUGACAGUUUUGAACAGACUAAGAAAGCAGUUCAGAAGCCUUGCAUGUUGCCGAUUAGAUGCCAUCCUGUACAUAUACCAAGUCACGUCAAAGCACAGGAGAGUCCCCAGUCUGAGAGCUCCUCCGAUAUUGGAAGUGCAGACUUUCCAGCAGGGAAGCCUGAUCACAUAGAUACGUCCAAAGUGUCCCUUACACCACCAAAGUCUCCCCGAAUGAGGAGAAGGCAAUUGGAGGAGGCACCAAGCUCACCGUUUGUAAAGCGAGGGUUUAAGCAUUUCACUGCACAUUAUGACAGCCAAUACUACUAUGACAUUCCUUUGGAACCAGUUCAUCACCAGUGGCUUGUGAACGCUGCAGCAGGUCGCUGGACACAACUCUAUGGGAUGCUGCUGAAGGAUACGCACUUGGCAGGAGUCAAAGAUUUCAUGUCUGGCUAUACUGCACUUCACUGGGCUGCUAAAAGUGGUGACAGCCAGAUGCUAUCCAAAAUCAUUGAUGCAGCAAUUAAAGAUAAUAUACCUAUUGAUGUGAACAUACGAUCUUACGGUGGUUACACCCCACUCCAUAUUGCCUCGAUACAUGGCCACGAAGACGUAAUAUUCAGACUGGUGGGGUAUUACAACGCAAAAAUUAACAUCCGCGAUCAUAGUGGGAAAAAGCCUUACCAAUACCUAACAAAGAAAGCCUCCCUAAACGUCCGUCGUGAACUGGGCGAUCCAAACUCUCUUAAAAUUAGUGAAAACAUGUUACCAAAACGGGGUUCCAAAGUUACAAGUUCUUUCCUGCUGUCCACCACAUCCACCUUGCUUGGAGUGAUGGCAGAUGAUAGUGUCAUUCAUGAUUUGGCAACUGGCUUUAAGAAACCUAAAAAACCCAAAUUCCUAACCUCAACCGCAAAACAGAAACCUAAAGUUCGAGGAACCUUAUCUUCAGUUUACGAAGACGCAGAAGAAGUCUCUGAAAAGGCUUUAAAGAAACCAAGAUCUCUCAGUGAUUUUUCCCCCUGAUCACGUUUGCAUUAAUUUCAGUAUUGCACUGAAUCGUUUGGAUUUGUAACUGUGAACUUCUGUGUUUUAUAAUGUUAAGGACUUGGGCAUAAGCAUCGUGGCACUCACUGGUCCGAUUCUAGCCUAAAUCUCCCGGCUGAAAUUAUUUGUUGAGAUACUUGAUGCUGCUGGCUACUUGCAGCCGGUUGUUUUUUUUAUUUUAUUUUUUUUGCUUUGUUUGCACAAACUCUUGUGACAUGCAUUCCUUGUAGCAUUUGCAAAGCUUACUGAAGGUCAAUGGACACAUUAGACUGACAAGAAAUGCGACGGUUCAUUACUUAAAUUGUUACAGUAUAGUCCCGAUUUGUAUACUUUUCAUUAACGGUUUGGAAGUGUUGUUCUUUUAUGCAGAAUCGGACUAAAAUAUUUGCGGUGUCCGAUUAUGAAACUAUUCGGUUUACAACUGUUUCCAAGUGCAUGGUAAAGUGAUUUGAGUUCUUUCGUCAGAACCAUUAGCGAGAUUUUACGUUUUUCUCCCAUUAUAUGGAUUACCAAAAGCGAAGAUAUACCAGUAACUUCUUUUGGUAAACUACGCCCGUUUUACUGGUGUGAGGCACAAACUUCUCAACUGUCCAGAUUUUCGCAGAAUGUUUAGAUUUUUGCCUCAUGUUUUUGGUCCUUUUCACAUAAAAUUUGUGGUUUUCUGGCAAAUCACUGGGAUGAUCUGAGGACUGAAGUCACUAAAUCAAGGCAUAUAUUUGAGUUUCAGACUUCAUAACAUUCAAGAAAAGCAUGUUCACACACGUCCUGGUAUUCUAGCAACUUUCUAAGUUUAUAACGGUAAUAUUUAAAAUCUGUCCUUAUUUUUGAGCCUUUGUCCCCCAUUAUGUUAGGCUUUGUGCAGAUGUCUUGCACCAAGAGGUUUAGAGGUAUGCUAUAAGUCCUGUUGACUGAUAGAAAUUACAUUAAACCACUUCUGUCAACUGUCCAUGAUUUUUGGCUCAAAAUGUUGCCAUCCCACUCCUAAAUCAUACAUUGAGAAAAGGUGGUGGCUUAUAGUCAACAGUUAAUGCCAUUCAUUAUAGUCAGGAAAUGCAUGUUAAUUCAUGUACCCUUGUUUUGUCAGCUUUCUUUUAUGUCCCUGAUUUUGAGUCCUUUGUCAAUGGAAAUAUUUCCCUGUGUCCCUUGACUGCAGCGUUGAGAAGUUGAGAGCUAUGUUUUAAAUCUGCAGGAGGCCCAUUCAUCAUCACAUGAACCUGAAGAUUUCUCAUUUUCUCAGAUUUGAGCUUGCUCCCCCAAAUAUGUAGCUUUUUUGUGUUUGUGCUCUUUUCCUAUAAGUCUGUUUUCAUGAAAAAGCACAUACGGGAUCUUGGCACUGCAGGGAAGACUUUACAGUUCUGUGGUUGAAGUACCAUAAUAUUUAGCAUAAAAGUAGUGCCAGAAAUAUUACCUUCAGAGUAACUACUAACACUAUGUCUUUUGGAGGUGAGAGUUCCUGUUAUGAUAACAGCAGUAACAUUUGAAUGUGGGGUUAAUAGAUUGGUGUCAGCUUUGAGCUGUGUUCCAGAAGGACUGUACGAUCUUUGUAUCCAGCAUGGAACUUUAGAACGUAAAUUAUGUGUUAACAUCCUGCACUGUAUUUGAUGCAUGCUUGUGUGGUAUUCCUGCAUAGCAAUAUGCAUUAAAAGUAUAAUUAAAUUAAUUUUAUCCCAUAAACAGCUCUGAAUUUAAAACGCAUUUGAAAUGUUGAGUAGUUGUGGCAGAAGAAAUAUGAUGGGGUGCUGAGCAUGUGAAACUUGAAAAAAGUCAAAUGGUUUUGCUUUAGGUCCUAUUUUUGAGUCGUGCAAUGUCCAGUAGUAAUACAUAACCUACCACACUUUAUGUGGAAUAAAUUGCAAAGAUAAAGCCAUACUGUAAAUGUGGUAGUUGUAUCAUUUUUGUAUGAGAGUUCUACAGUGUUACCCUAGGGAUAAGUGUGGUACUGAGUGGUAAAAGUUCGAGAAGUCUUUCCAUGCAUGAUUGUACCUUCUGCCCGUCUAUUAAAGCUCUACACAACA